AUGAGGUGGCUUGGGCUCCUCGGGCUGGUGGCCCUCUCAGAGUGCGUAAUGAUAAUCCCUAUAAAGAAGCAGCAGACCCUGCAAGAAGUCUUCAGGGUAAAAAUCCUGACAAAAAAUUUCCUGCAGGCAAAAGCUUACAGUCUGUCCCACAAUUCUGGUGUUUACCAGCGUUUCUCAUCUCAUCCUCUGAGGAACAUCUUGAAUGUGGCCUACACCAGCAGCAUCACCAUUGGAACACCCCCUCAAGAGUUCCAGGUCGUCUUUGACACCGGCUCAUCUGACUUGUGGGUGCCCUCUGUCGACUGCCCAAGUUUCAGCUGCUCUACACAUAACACAUUCAACCCUACUCAAUCCAGCACCUUCCAGGACGUGAGGAGGACAAUAAACCUCAGCUUUAGCACUGGGAGAAUGAGUGGAUAUCUUGGCUCUGACAUCAUUCAGGUAACGGACCUUGUUGCCCCGUGGCAAGCAUUUGGCCUGAGUACGAAUCUGUCCAGUGAUGCCGUGGAAUAUGUGCCUUAUGAUGGCAUCCUGGGCUUGGCUUACCCCAGCCUUGCCAUCGAUGGGACCAGCCCUGUCUUCGACAACCUGAAUAACCUAAGAGUCAUUUCUCAGCCUGUCUUUGCCUUCUACUUGAGCAACCAGCUGGAUAUUGCUAGCAUGGUGAUGUUUUGUGGAGUUGACAAUUCCUACUUCCACGGAGAUCUCAAGUGGAUACCAGUGACUGAACCACGCUACUGGCAGAUAAUCAUGGAUCGUGUCUCCAUGAACGGAAAGGUUAUUGCUUGUUACUGCUGUUGUCAGGCCAUUGUGGAUACUGGGAGCUCAUUGCUGAUUGGCCCAAGUGAUGUGGUCAGCAGCAUUCAGAGGCACAUCAACCCCAAUCCCAUCGGGGAUAGCAAGCGAUUGAUUUCAUGUAACCGUACCAUGACCCUGCCUCCUGUUAUCUUCACCAUCAAUGGCAUGAACUUCCCACUGUCCCGUAAAUACUACAUCCAGAAGGUUUCUGAAGACAUCUGCUUUAUAACCUUUAAUGGGGGCACAGAAAACAUGAGCCCCUCAGAGACCUGGGUCCUGGGGGACAUCUUCCUGAGAGCAUAUUUCACAGUUUUUGAUCGGGGAAACAACAGGAUUGGCCUGUCUCCCUCAGUGUAA